UGGGCGCGCUUAAAGCGAUGUCGUUUCGUGCUCGGCAAUGGCAGACGACAGGUAUCAAAAUUGAGCACCAGAAUGACAUGCGCCAAUGGCUUCCUAAUGGCAGCACUCCGCAAGGAGUCCUGGCGUCAUGAGCACCAGGACAGCCGCAGACGAGGCUAAAGGACCAUCCAGCUUCGACUUGAAAGAUGAUGGUGAAUCAUCUAGAAUCGACUUGCAUCCAGUGACAUCAGAGGGAUUCUCCGCCUUCUCAAUCAGCGAAGAUGACCUUAUAAAGGAUCUCAUUCGAGUCAAAGAAUGUCUUGAAGCGUCUGUCGGCGCCAUGCAGAAUGGUGAUGGAGAACAGAAAGAAAAGGGCAGUGAAGAAAUUACCGUGGACGUCCCGCAAAAGCCCGCGAAGGAUGAAGCCAACCGAGAGCUUCGCUUCCAGAUCAUGCAAGAUCCUUCACGUUCUGGCAGUGGUUCCUUCAAGCUAUGCCAGUGCAAACGCAGGCAACACAAUUGUAAACGUGCCCAUCGAAAGCCGUCUGGGCACAGGUGCAGUCGCCGAGUGAAUUCGUCGCACGACAGGCCGUGUAACUGCCCGUCAGGAGAUCGAAGCAGUUCCAGGUCCAGCAGGAGGUCUUACCCCGAUUCCUGCCGCAGUUGUUCACACAAAUCGGCGGACAUGCCCCGACCCGAAAAAAAGGGAGGCGGCUCUCGAAAGGACGGGCGCAGACAAAAGACCACGGUAACCAGGACAAGGCAAGACGAAGACGCACCCGACAUGUUCAGGAGGUACAGGAGUAGUUAUUCUUCUUCCGAAUCAUACUCGGAGGAAGAAGAACGUACCGAUCAGGAAUACGACCUCAGGAAUGACGAAAGUAAUGUCGCGCCUGAAGACGAACGGAAAAAGGACCGCAAAAGAAUCAAAGGUACGACGAAGUACGAAGGUUCCAAAUAUCCCGACGGGAGGACCCGCGUCGAAGGUAGGUCUAAAAAACAGUACAGGAAGAUGGACAGGAACAACCUCGAGGAAGCGACGUUCGAAAAGCAUGUUCUCGAACUGAACUUUCCAAAAUCGCCAGGGAUGACCAGUAUAUCUAACCUCCUUCAACAGCGCAGGGACGAAGAAGACGAAGGUGAGGACGAACAAUCACCACGAAAGUUUGUGCAUCAAAUUCGACCGGGUCAAACUUGUGAGCUACAGACGGAGGGGCAGGUUAUUCGCGUUCGCUUGCCAGAGAAGAACAAGAUGACUGUGGAACACGUCAUUCAGCCCAGAGAAGACGCCCAAGAGAUGGAUGAGAGACGCUUUCAGCAAACCGGUGAGAGAAGAAGACAAAGAAAGAAGAAUGCAAUUCAAGAAGCAGACGAAAUAGACAGCGGCGAUGAUGUGUGCUCCGAGAAAACGAAGAAAGGUCAACCGGCGUACAGAUGUGCUUACAAGGACGACAGGAAGGAUAGCUCGAAACGAAGUACCCCUAGGCAAAAGAACACUCUUGUAAGACGCAUCAGGGACAAUAGCAACAGAAGGGGAGCUAACAAAAGGUCGCAAUGCGCUCUGGUUCGAGCUGCAAAGGGUGGCUCAGAGUCACCGUCGUCGUCAGGCAGUGACAGCCACGAAGACAACGACAUAGUUCGUCGGAGACAUUCACCGCCUUGCAAGAGGAAUCCUCGGAAGGGCGAAGGCGAGAAGGACGUCGACGACGAUGAAAGUGACGACAACGUCUGUUUCCUUUCUUCGCUGAAGAAUUCCCGUUGUCACGGCAGGUGUGGGGCGUCGAGAGGUCCUGGUGAGGUUGGCUUCAGCAUCAGAGAGACCAGGAGAGUCGGUCGUCAUCGAGGCGAAGAAUCCGACGACGACGAUGUCGAUCCCGGUGGCCGUGAGGUGGCUUCGCCGAGGACACCGAGGAGCAGAGAUGGUGACGUGCCACGGUUGAAGGUCUCCAGUACGGUGUCGCUGAACAAGGAUAGGAACGGACGGAACGGGAAUUCGUUUCGUGUCGUGUUCACGGAUUCCAAAUUGAACACAGAGCUGAGAUACAUUCUUCAGGAUGGUCACGGCACCACGAGACGCCAGUCCAACUUAAUCAUCACUACCGAAGACAACAGCGAUCAAACACGCCGCUGCCAGGACAAGAAGGCCACUGCAGAACGAAGGGACGGUGACCCACCAGCUCAGAAUGAGAGGAGGAGUCAAAGAGGAGUCGCGCAGCACCGUCACAGUGACUGCACGAUAGCCAGAGUCAAAGAACUAUCCCGAAGGACACCUUCGGAUCUCAUCUCCAGUAGCUACUACUCGUCAACCCACGAGUCCAGUCUGGUUUUGAACGACAAAAAGAAGGGAUGCAAGGUGUGCGACGCCGUGUCAGCAAUUAACAAAGGUUCCAAGAGGGACGUCUGCCUUCAUGACGGCAAGAGGCAUCGUCGGCUGCAUCAGCACAAAAGAUAGCAGAAGACCUGUGGACAGCGCUUCGGUUUCCAGCGUGAAAAAUAUAAAUAUCGCACGUCCGCUAUCAAAGCA